AUGAGGCAGGCCAGUGCUAGGGUCGCCCAGCUGGCGGGCAGGGCAGGCCGUCUGGGCCUGGGCGACGCCCUGGGCUCUGGAACGGCAUGCGGUGGCUUCCAGGCCCUCUCCGCGCGCCAGGCCGCCGCUGCGCGCGCGUUCGGCGACCUCCAGCCUACCAACUCCUACCCCUACGCCAAGGACUACCCGAAGCGGCCGUUCGAGUACCCGACCGUCGGACGCGAGUACCAGCAGACGGAGUUCGACAGCGUCUUCGACAUCGUGCGCCGCCACGGCGAGCAGCACAACCCGGAGCAGUGGGCGGCCGUGAUGGCCAAGGCCGACGCGGUCGAGGCCGCCAAGCUCGACGCCGACCUCCAGGAGUUCCCCGAGGGCGCGCGGCCGUACGUCAAGCAGCUCCUCGCCCCCGAGAUGCCCUCCGCGGCGCGCCUCGAGGAGAUGUUCGCGCAGUGGCCCACGCACGACGAGGUCGUGUUCCUGUCCUGGUGGUCCGGCCUGACCAUGGGCGAGAAGCGCGCGCUCCUGGGCCGCGGCGCCGACAUCGCGCGCUUCGACGCGAAGUUCCAGGAGCUCUGUGCCAACGCCGACCUCCUCCCCGAGGAGCGGUGGGACCUCCGCCGCGAGAUGGCGCUGGCGUGCGACGAGCAGCUGGACGACGUGCUGUCCGGGAUGCCCGCGGACGUCGCCGAGGGCCUCGCGGAGCAGCUCAAGGAGGUCGAGGUCCGCCGCCAGAUCGCGAACGAGUUCCGUCACAAGCGCUCACUCGUGGGGCCCAAGGGGCCCGUGCCGUACAUCACGCCGUGGGGCGUGAUGCACGCGCGCAAGUGGAACUACGCGGACGUGGACUUCGGGCAGGCGACGGGCCGCUGGCGCUGGGAGCUCGAGAUGACCAAGCUGGGCAUCAACAUGUACUGCGACCCCGCCUACCUGGAGGCGCAGUUCGGGCUCGUGGGGUGGUCGCCGCGCAACCCGGUCAUCGUGAACACGCCGAACGAGGAGCGCGUGAUCGGCGUGGUCGACCCGGACGACGACCACACCAUUUGGUGGUCGCCCAUUCGCGCCGGCGACGCCCCGCGGCAGAUCAUCGAGGACGGGCCGUGGUUUGUGUGCCGGCGCAUCGACAAGGAGGGCACGUUCGCGAAGCUCGCGGCGUACUACGAGAUCUUGAUGGAGGAGGAGCUGGACGAGACCUCGGAGCGGCCGCUGGACCAGAUGCUGUGCCAGAUGAAGCAGCAGCUCGACCAGUUCCAGUUCGUCCUGCACGACAUCGGGCCGGACCCCGCCACGCUGAGCAUGCUGCGCGAGAAGAAGGCCGAGUACGCGAAGCUCGCGGAGCAGGAGGCGGCCAAGGCGCUCGCGGCGACGAAGCAGUACGUCGGGUCGCUCCAGGCCGGCACGCCCGCGGCGGCGGCGGCCGAGGCGGCCGCGGGGAAGCCGCUGAGCGCGCUGUCGGCGCUGAGCGACGCCGACCUGGCCGCGAGCAAGGGCCUGGUGGCGCUGGCGAUGCAGGACGCGUGGGAGCGCAAGCAGGUGACGAAGUGGGUGGCGCGCAUGUCCGCGGGCGCGCAGGACGCCAGGGACGCCGAGGCGUGGACGGGGAUGCCGCUCGCGCAGCUCAAGGCGCUCCCGGAGGCCGAGCUGGUCGCCAAGGUGCGCGAGGCGUCGACGGGGCGGCUGGCGGAGCAGUACCGCGCCGAGCUGGACGCGGAGCUCCUGACGGCCGGCGGGGCCGGCGCGGAGGCGGACGCGCGCGUGCAGCAGCUCAAGGCGUACCGCGCGAUGGGCGACGCCGAGCUGGUGGCGGCGGUGGCGCAGAAUAUGGCGCGCGGGCGGCCCGAGGGGCUGCAGCGCGGGAUGUGGCGGUCGAUGCUGGCGGGGAGCCUCGUGGGCGAGGGCGUGAUGCGCGACGGGGACUCGCUGGUGCGCGCGCUCGGGCUGGACGACGAGACCAGCCGCGCGGAGAUCGAGGCGAAGUUCGCGCAGUGA